AUGGAAACAGCUUUGACAAAUAUUAGUGGCAAGAUAUGGGUAUUUAUUGAUGCAGUGGUUCAGUGGGAAAUAUUGUUGGAUACAAAUCAACAGAUUUCUCUUAAACUUAAAUAUUCUGCUACUGGCAUAAAGAUGAUUGCUACUUUUGUGUAUGCAAAAUGCAGCCCAGUGGAGAGACGUGAACUAUGGGAUAAUAUUUAUUCUCUCGCUAAUGAUAUGAGCCUACCUUGGUUGGUUGGGGGGGGGGGGUUUAAUGUUAUCUUAUCAGAAGAGAAAAAGAUUGGAGGUUUUCCUGUAGAUCCAUCAGAGUGUGAUGACUUUGCAUUCUAUGUUAAUUCUAGUGAACUAUUUGAUAUGGGUUUCAAAGGAAGUCCUUACACUUGGUGGAAUGGAAGAGCUGCUGAAGGGGAUUGCAUUCUAAAAAGACUAGAUAGAAUUCUAGUGAAUAUUCCUUUUCAAAACUCUUUCCCUAAUAUUGAAGUGGAGCAUUUAACCAAAAUUGGAUCAGACCAUUCUCCUAUGGUUUUAUUUUGUGGUGAAGAAGUUGUACCAAUUUCAAAACCAUUCAGGUUUUUAAAUUUUUGGACUCAGUAUGAAAGUUUCCAGGAGGAGAUGAGGAAUGUCAAAAAGGCCCUGUCAAAAUGGAGUAAGGAUACUUAUGAUGAUAUUUUUAAAGAAUUGGAAGUAAGAGAAGAAGUUGUGAAGAUUAAAGAAGGUUUAUUUGAGGAAGAUCCUAGUAUCAUUAAUAGGAUUGAAGGAAAUCAAAGCAACUUGGAUAUUCUGCAGUACUUACCUUCUUUGGUUACCUCAGACCAGAAUAAGGAGUUGUGCAAGCAUCCUUCUAUUGAGAAAGUGAAGCAGGCUGUAUAUGGUUUAAAUGGAGAUAGUGCAGGGGGGCCUGAUGGUUUUUCUGGUAUUUUCUAUCAGAAAUGUUGGGAUACUGUGGGGAAUGAUGUUCAUGAAUUGGUGAUGGCUUUAUUUGUUGGUGCUUAUCUUCCUAAAUCCAUUACUCAUACUAAUUUGGUUUUAAUACGAAAGAAAGUAGAAGUGGAAACAUUUGCAGAUAUGAGGCCCAUAAGUUUGUCAAAUUUCAUCAACAAAGUAAUUUCUAGGGUGAUGCAUGAUAGAUUAGAAGGAUUAUUGCCUACCUUAAUUUCUUAUAAUCAAUCAGAUUUUGUGAAAGGUAGAAGUAUCUUUGAGAAUAUCCUAUUAACUCAGAAAAUUGUUUCAGACAUAAGGAUAGGAGGUAAGCCAGCUACUGUAGUGCUGAAGUUGGACAUGGCUAAAACAUAUGAUAGGUCUAUAGGAUUUUUCAAAUCCAGUAGGGGAGUCAAGCAGGGUGACCCUUUGUCCCCUGCUUUAUUUAUUUUGGCAGCUGAGAUGACACUAUUAUUUUUUGCAUCUGCUGAAUCAGAGUCAUUGCAGAGAAUCAUGAGAAUAUUGAGAAGUUAUGAAGAGGCAUCAGGACAAAUGAUUAACAGAGAAAAAAGUCGUUAUUAUAUGCAUGACAAGGUGUCUUUUAAUCUGAUUCAAGAAGUGGGGAACAUAACAACUUUUUCCAGAGGACAAUUUCCUUUUAAGUAUCUAGGCUGUCCUAUUUUCUAUGCAAGGAGGAAGAAGAUAUUUUAUGCAGAUAUGAUCAAGAAGGAAGGAGGUUUGGGGUUUAGAUCUCUGUUUGAUGUCUCAGGAGCUCUAUUUGCCAAAUUGUGGUGGAGAUUUAGAACUGCUAAUACCUUGUGGUCUAAUUACAUGUGGAAUAAGUACUGUAAAAAAUCUAUUCCAACUGUAAUUCAAUGGAAAUCUGGAUCUCAUGUUUGGAAGACAAUGUUAGAGGCUAGAGAAAUGGUGGAACAGGAAACAUGGUGGCAAACUAAGGGAGGAACGACAAAUAUAUGGCAUGAAUGUUGGACUAAGCUAGGAGUUCUAUAUCAUACUGUCCUUGCUGAUUUUCCUAUUAAUGAACACAUUGAAGAAGUGGCUGAUUUAAUAGUGGAUGGAGAGUGGAAUGAUCAACUUUUACAACAAAAUUUUCCUGAGGAUAUUGCAGAACAGAUUAGAAGGGAAAUUCAAUUUGAAGAAUUAGAAGGGAAUUGGGACAAACCAUGGUAG